GUCAAGUCAGCUGAAAAUCAAGUCAGCAUUAUAAAUUGUUUAGUUUUCGUCUCUAAAAUAUGAUUUAAAAUGGCAUCAUAUUUUGACGAACAUGCAUCUACUGAUAGGGCUUCACAUCCCAAUUUUCUACUCGAACUAGCAAGGCUGUUAUUGUCAACAGAAGAUUUGGUUGAGCUUGCAAGCGCUGGAUUUAACGAGCUUGGAUCUCCCCCAGCAUCCAAAGAKGCCGUAACUAAAUUAUUGAUUUUAGAAAUUACAAAAGAGCACCUUCAAGAUGAUUCUKCUUCGAGUUGUCCAAUAUGUCUUGCCGAGUUUGAGGAGCAUGAAAAAGUUAAACAGAUGCCAUGUGAGCAUAUAUUUCAUUUGGGAUGCAUUCAUCCUUGGCUAGAAAAGACAAAUAGUUGUCCAGUCUGUAGACAUGAGUUACCGACAGACAAUGAAGAAUAUGAGGACCUAAAAAAACUCAAGGAGCAAGAGGAAGAACGCCAGCAGCGAGUAGAAGCUCUUCAUUCAUCUAUGUUUAGUUAAUGAUAAAAUUGCUCUCGAUUUGAUUUUUUUAAAGGUUAAUACCCACUUAUCUUAUCAAGUCAGUGAAAAUAUAAUAAUUCCAGURAAUUUAAAGUUUUGCCUGAAAAGCUCAAACUGAUAUUCAUUGGUAUUAUUGUAGUAUCUCUCACAACUGCAACUUCCAGUUUCGUCAAGGACCCUAGUAUUAUUUUGUUAUAGUAGAGGAAAUUUCAAAUUUAUCAAUAUCUGGUCAUUUAAUGGUAAAUCAAGAAGACUUGUACAUAGUCCACAAUUGUGAUCACUUUGACAAUCCAAUUAAGCCAACMAUGGUUAUAGAUAAGAGGACACACUGUUAUGAUAUGCCGUCACUUCCUGUAUGUAUUAUGUCACGCUGUAGAGUGUAUAGCAUACAGAUAUUAUAAACAUGGCCUCCAUAUUGUAAAGACUUCUGUAGUGCUAUUCUUGAAGCAUGGUGAAAAAAGUGGGAUUCCAAUCUACUUCAAGAAAGUAAUAUGGAGGAUAUAUGGAGAGACACAUUGUAUCCGUGAGUGUUGAAAAGAAGUGAGAAGUAGGUAUUUCGUGGCACAGGUAGCCCAUUUUUAGUAAUUUUGCAAAAUAUGUUAAAWUUAAUAAAAAUAAACAUCUCUACCUGUUUAUUGUGGUUUUCAAUGCAUAGCUUGGGCUACCUGUGUUCAUGGAUAUUUAUUCACAUCAUUAAAGUAAGAUCAAAGAUCCAGUCUUCAAAAAGUGUUAGCAUAAUAAAUUCARUUUCCAUCAUAUACAUUAAAAUGAGUAGUUGCAUUGUAAUAAAAUAUAGAUUUAAAA